CCGCUCGACCUCCGGCAGCUGCAUCUUCGGCCCGGGCUGGGUCCCCCGCCCGGCCCCGCCAUGGUGUCCUGGAUCAUCUCUCGCCUGGUGGUGCUCAUCUUUGGCACCCUGUACCCAGCCUAUUCUUCCUACAAGGCCGUGAAGACAAAAAACGUGAAGGAAUAUGUGAAAUGGAUGAUGUACUGGAUCGUCUUUGCCUUCUUCACCACAGCUGAGACACUCACGGAUAUCGUGCUUUCCUGGUUCCCCUUCUACUUUGAGCUCAAGAUCGCCUUCGUGAUAUGGCUGCUGUCCCCUUAUACCAAGGGCUCCAGUGUGCUCUACCGCAAGUUCGUGCACCCAACACUGUCCAACAAGGAGAAGGAGAUCGACGAGUACAUCACGCAGGCCCGAGACAAGAGCUAUGAGACCAUGAUGAGGGUGGGCAAGAGAGGCCUGAACCUGGCCGCCAACGCCGCGGUCACAGCUGCUGCCAAGGGCCAGGGGGUGCUGUCAGAGAAGCUCCGAAGCUUCAGCAUGCAGGACCUGACCCUGAUCCGAGACGAGGAUGCACUGCCCCUGCAGGGACCUGACAGCCGCCUCCGAUCCAGCCCUGGAAGCCUCCUGGACACCAUUGAGGACUUAGGAGAUGACCCUGCCUUGAGUUUAAGGUCUAGCACGAACCAGGCAGAUCCCCGGACAGAGACCUCUGAGGAUGACAUGGGGGACAAGGCCCCUAAGAGGGUCAAAUCCAUCAAAAAAGUGCCCAAAGCUGAGCCACCGGCUUCCAAGACACUGAAGACCCGGCCCAAGAAGAAGACCUCUGGUGGGGGCGACUCGGCUUGAGGUCCUGACCCCCACCGGCUGCAGAGCCCCUGCUUCACACUGUGCCAGUAGCCCACGUGUCUCAGGCCCCAGGGCCCCUCAGAUGGCUGUUUCCAGUGCCUGCCCAGUGGCCACUCCUCUGGAAGGGCUUGGAAAAGAGAAAGGAGGCCCUGCUGUGGGGGUUGAGGGUAGAGGCUAGACCAGGAGCUGAGGACUGAGCCACCCAGGGAGGUGGGGGCUCCUCAGAGCCUGAACCGCUAUUCUCCCUGAUCCAGCCCUGCCCCUGCCCACCCAGUGCCUUGCUGAAGACCAUGGCCAUCCCCUUCUCUGAGGUCCUAACAUGUCCCUACAGUGCUCCCUGGGUCAGGGGUGGGGAGCAUCACAGCCCAGAUUGAGGGCACCUGGGAGAGAGGGAGGGUGUGGAGAAGGCCUUGGAGAACCUGGGCAGGGGCUCCAGGCCACAGCUCUGAAUGGAGGACAGGGGCUUAGUGUGUGCUUAAAGGACCAGGACAACCAGGCAGGCCAGAGCUGCAGCUGGGGGCAUUGGGUGGGGCUGUUUGCUACAUGUCCCUACUAAAAAGAGGUGGGGUUCCGGGAGUGUGUGUGAGUGAAUGUGUGUGUGUAUCUUUCUGGGUCUAGAGCUGGGGGAUUUGGGGUAAAGGACCUUCCCUCUAGCAGUGACCUCCCCCUGCUCAGCCAGCUGGCCCUUUCUCCCUCUCAGCCCUCCUUGCUAGUUUCAGAGCCUCAGAGGACCCCAGCCCAUGAGAGAGUGGGGCUCUGAGGGGCCUCUCACCUCCUCUGCCUUCUAUCUCCUUCUGUCUCCUCCCAUUCCUGCCCUGCCCUGCCCCUGGGCUGGGCUCCUCUACCCUCAGGGCCCCCUGUAGAGGUCCCUGCUGAGCCCGCUCCUUUCCUCCUAACCCGGGGGGCCCAUCCUUCUGUCCCCCAGGGUCCUCUUCCUGUGCCAAGCAGACUGGGCCCCAUGUGAGCAAACCCGUCAGAGCCCAGCCUUUGCCCCACACCCUGCCCCAGCUUCUGCUGUGGCUUCAGUCAGGGCCAGGAGGAAUGUGUGAAGAAGAAAAAGAAAUUUAGGAGCCAAGGAGCUCCCAAUUCCAUGGAAAGGGUGCCCAUUGGACCUAUGGCACUGGAUGAGCCAAUAAACCAAAUCUGGCACCUCAUUUAUUUCAGCCUCUGUACUCUGUUCUUGCCCCACCCAGUCCACAAGUGGGAAGGACCUCAAGUGAGAAGUAGGGCCCAGCGGUGGGAGAGAGGGGGGAAGAGGUCAGACUGUGAAC